AUGGCCUAUGACUGCUACGCUGCCAUCUGCAAGCCCCUGCACUACGAGAGCCUCGUGGGCAGCAGAGCUUGUGGCCAGAUGGCAGCAGCUGCCUGGGGCAGUGGCUUUCUCAAUGCUGUCCUGCACACGGCCACUACAUUUUCAUUGCCCCUCUGCCAAGGCAAUGCUGUGGACCAGUUCUUCUGUGAAAUCCCCCAGAUCCUCAAGCUCUCCUGCUCAGAUGCCUACCUCAGGGAGGUUGGGCUUACUGCAAUCACCUUCUUUUUAGGUGUUGUUUGCUUUGUUUUCAUUGUGGUGUCCUAUGUGCAGAUCUUCAGGGCAGUGCUGAGGAUGCCCUCUGAGCAGGGCCGGCACAAAGCCUUUUCCACGUGCCUCCCCCACCUAGCCGUGGUCUCCCUGUUGGUCAGCACUGCCAUGGUUGCCUACCUGAAGCCCCCCUCCAUUUCUUCCCCAUCCCUGGACCUGGUGGUGUCAUUUCUGUACUCGGUGGUGCCUCCAGCAGUGAACCCCCUCAUCUACAGCAUGAGAAACAAGGAGCUCAAGGGUGCAAAAGAUCUUGUACGUCAACCAGGAAAGUGGACCACCAUGGAGAGGGGUAUCCGGUACCUGAGGGAAUUAGCCAUGUUGGAGGUGAUUGAUAGUAACCUAGACAACAAACAGCUGUCCAAAGAUCCAGAUGAAGUCAAGUGCACACGACCCAUGUGGCAGACGUUUGUACAGAGCGCACCAUCAUCAUAUGCCAACUCAUUGGCAGUAAUGAUCUGGAAAGACCAAGAGGAACCCAUGGUGGAUGAAUCGGCUAGCCAACUCUGGCAUUACAAAGAAAGUCUCUCUUCUUCCCUAUGGGCCUGCAUCUCGUCUACAGAGAAACUUUCGCACGAGGUGCAAGAACUAUAA